AGGGUAAAGGAUUGUUUGCGACUUUUGCAAGACUUUUCUCUAAAGAGAGAAAUCUCUUUUAUUAACGACACUGCAUGUGUAUUGUGUAUUAUAUUAUUAUCAUCAUAAGUGGUAUCCACAGUACUUCAUUUAUCAGCAUUUGAUAUAGACACUUAAGAUUGUUAUCAAUUAACCAGUAAGUGAUUGGUUACUGAUACUUCAUUAACAAUUAUUAUCUUCAAUUAUGAUAGGCGCUUGUUACUAAAAAUAUAUCGAGUUAAGUGUUUAUUUACAUGCACAACAGUCUAAAUACGUGUCUAAAAUGUACUGCGCCUGGUCUGAAGUUGAACGCAAAAUAAACGUAGGAUAGAAACAUACCCUCGAGGCGUCGAUGCAAACUUAAAAUAUUAAACGUCGAAAAUAUGCUUUCUGCUCGAUAUUGAAUUUGAAUUUGAGAAAUUGCAAGAUAUAUUCACUAUAUUCAAAGACCUUGUCACUAAAGUGAACAUGAAAAGCGAUCUUGCUGAAAGGUGCACUACUAAUCGAGUUAGCCAUAGUGACAUAAAUACGAUGAAUUGAAGAAAAGCGGCAUAUUCUUUCCUUUCUCACAAGAAACUAGGUAUUGGGAAAAUAGACAGGCAAUUAGUUGGUUCAAUUCAGUGAAAAAUGAUACACAUUUACGAAAAAAGUGAAACUAAGUAAGUGACACUACAUAUAGCAACAAUAUGUGGUGUAAACUAUUGGUGAAGCUACACACUCGAAGAAUUUAGUGAAACCUACAAAAUGCCUUCUCAUAUUCAAACCAUGUCCAGAGCACUAAAAAACAAUAUGAACAAUAUCUUAAAUACGGGUCUGAUAUUCCUUACGUUUUUCGAAACGUAUUUAUUUCCCUUUUCUAUUAUAAAAUGGUUUAUGGUCAUAAGAAAGUACAGGAGCGUAAUUACUCGGUUAAGUGCAAUCGAGGAAUCAAAUGAGGUUGUGAAAUCAAAACUUAUACAUAAGCUGAUGCUAGUGACAACUGAGAAGUGUAUGCUUUCUAGUGACAAAUCAGUAGAAAGGAUUUCACACGUGUAUAUGUUAAUAGAAGCCGAGGGAAUUCAGUUAAGCUACUGUGGCCAAGAAUGUAGAAGAAUACCUCCUGCUCUACAAACAAUGUAUGGGGCUAAAGUCAAAUGUUUAGAUUUAAGUUAUAACAGCAUCGAGACACUAAAGGGCUUGGACCAGUUCGGAAGAUUGGAAGAACUCAUAUUGGAUAAUAACAAACUCAAUGACGCAAUAUCAUUUCCGUAUUUAGCUAGCUUGAAGACUCUUUCGCUCAACAAUAAUGAGAUAGUUGACCUCGAAGAACUGAUCAAUAAAAUAAGCAAGCGUUUCCCGUCCCUAACUUACUUGAGUUUGCUGAGCAACAAAGCCUGCCCAAAUCAGCUUUCAGAUGUUGAUAAAGACGAUUCAGACUAUCAGCGAUACAGAUAUUUUGUUAUACAUAUGCUGCCAAAUUUGCGGUUUUUGGAUUCCCGCCGCAUUUCUUCUGAGGAACGAAAGGAAGCGACUAUUAGAGGCGAGUUUAUGCGUGUGCGGCGACCACCCACUGAUGUGUGCGACGCGUCACCGGUGCAAGCUAAGGUGACGCCCGGCAGGGCUCUACCAGUGGACUUCGCAGCGUUGGGCAAACAUAGAGGUGCCUAUGGUAAAUGCAAUUACAAAUAUACUGGCAAACAUUCAGAAGGAAAUCGUUUCAUUGUGAAUAGUGACUUAUGACCGCAUUUCGCUAUGCGAGUGCUAUGUUGUUAUAGUAUUAAGGGUAAUGUAUUGUUGGUAAAUGUAUUAGGUAAAAAAUAUGCCAUUUAGUUUUUAAUACGCCAUAUUUUAUUUGUAACUGUACCUACAUAUUGUCUCAUAACUCGUCACAAUUGCGAAACGCUAUAUCCAUACAUUGAAAUGAUCUAAUAAUGAUCUAACGUUACAGCAAAUUAUAUCACAUUAGAGGGUAGUGUUGUACUUCAAAUGGUCAUUCAUUACCCAUGUCUUUCGUACUCAAAUAUUAGCUGUAAGUCCAAAUACUAUUUGUACAUUCCAAAAUAUUUUUAGAUUGGUAUUAACAGGUAGAGUUUAUGUAAAUGUAUAAAAAUCUUCAAUUUGAAUCGAUGCAAAGUCAGCCGAAUUAAAUCAAAAUCUCAUGUAAGAAGUCUGGUUAUACUGCCAUUAAAACUGUUUACUUUUGUUGUAUUUUUAAGAAAUAUUGUUCAUAUCUUUUAAAUAAAUCUUGUUAAUACUGUA